CAAAAGCAUGCAACUAUCUCAGUAGGUAGGGCUAUCUCCCACAAUUCGGGUUGACAACCUGAGGCAUCAAUAUUAUGUAAGACACAUCAGGCUCCACCAUCCAACAGAUCAAUAGGCACAUAAAUCCCACUCACACACUAACUGCAACAGCGCCUCAGUUCCGCGCCAUGGUUGCGGACUCCUCAGUCGCCGCUCCUUCCAUCUACUGAUUAUUAUUAGGACAAAUCGCAUCCAUAUACUUAUCAUAAUCCGAGUUGGCAUAAAAAUUCUCAAAAUCCCCUAUAACAUCCACAACACAAUGAUCCGCUCUCCGAUCGCAAAAAGCCCUCCUACUAUCAACCUGCGAUCUCGGCUGAAUGAAGGCACUUAGACCGCCGUCAGAUCUCCAAGCCCUGCGCCCAGCGACCCCUCUCCCAGUGCUGAUCGAACAGAAAUCAGGCAUGACAAUCACACUCAUCUUUUUCCUGAAAUGCUUCUCCGCCCAGUCGAAAGCUUGGUUAGCAGCUUGGACGGCGAGAUCAUUGACGCCGUUGGGGUACAUGGCUGAGAUGAAGGGCACGAGAGCUGCGCCGUUUGCGGCGUGAUCUUUUUGAGCGUUGCCCCAGCAGUCGAGAUAUGUGCCGACGUCGAGGUCUGUGGCGAAAACGUGAAUUUUGUUGGUACCUU